GCAUUCCCAGCAGCGUAAUGAACUUCUUGCUGCGAUAAUUUGUGUAGGGGCUGUUCUUCCACCCGCUUUCAGAGUGGACUUUGAUGGAUCUGUGAACAUAUUUGAAUUAUUAUCCGUCUACGGGAAGAGAACCGUCAAAGAAGAGCUGAGGGAUAAGUUCAGGAUAAAAGCAUGACUACACAGUCCUCAGGCCGGAAGACCCCAGUGGACUACGGCGUCCAGAUCCGCUUCAUCAACGAUCUUGAUGACACUGGUGGAGGCAAACCUUUGUCCCAGUCUAAAACCAAGUCUCAGACCAACUCCAAAUAUGGCGUAGCAGUCCGGGUGCAGGGUAUAGAUGGCCAGCCAUAUGUAGUCCUGAAGGAUGGACAGAAGGGGGACUCGUACGGGGUCCAGCUCAGGACUGAGUAUCCCUCCGGCUACCGCAGUCUUCCUCGGAACAGAGCGAAGGCAGAGUCAGGAACAGAAGGGGCAGAUGUAGGAGUAGAAGGACAGGGAGGGGCACUACGCCGGGCUCAGUCUCAUGGGUCACUACUAGACAGGGAUGAAGGAGCUGGCAAUGAGGAUUUUCAGCUGUCUAGACCACCUGGGGAUGGAAAGUCUGGUAGUUACGGGAAUUUAGAUGGAGGAAUUGGAGUAAGGGUAGCCAGAGAGGAGGUAUGGGAUAUCAUUGGUAAGGAUCAAGCAGGACUCAAUAGGUACCAGGGUUCAGUGAUGGACAAUCAGUCAUACCCCGACAAUCCCAAACAAGUCAGUGAGCUUCAGUCAAAUCAGACACAGACUCCUGUGAACAGGCUGAUAAACAGAUUUGAUGGUGUAACAUCUGGAGGGCAGCAGAGAGGACUCUCUCCUGCACAGCAGUAUCCCAGAGCUACAUCUCCUCACAUCAACCCAAAACCCUUCACCUCUCCUCCGUCCUCAACCCACAGCAGCUUGGGACGCAGCCAGGCUUCUGUCCCCAAAGUUCCUGGACACCCAGCCAGUAAGUGGGCAUCGGAGGAGCAGCUGCAGACUGAUCUGAGCGACCAGCAGGUGACCCCUGACCUUUUACUGGACCAGUUUCAGAGUGCAGAGAUGAGCAGUGAUGAGGAGCAGGCCAUGAAGGCUGUUUACAACAUCUUAAGACAAGGGUCUAAUGAGAGUGAUGUUGUCAUCAAGCACAAAGUCAAGACAAUUUUUCAGAAGAUUCAGAGCAUAAAGCAACCUAAAGAGAGCCCUCGAGAGGAGUGGAUGAGAAAAAAAAGGGAGCUUGAGACAAAGGUGGCUGAGCUACAAAAUGACCUGCGGGAAGAAAGGAGGGACUCUAAUAGCAAUUCUGAUCUCGCUCUGAAAGCUGAGCUCGAGUCCUGUCUCGAUGAAAAUCUGCAACUCCAGGAGAUGCUGGACAGGAAGAAAAAAGAAUUAAAUGAAACUCAAACAGAGCUGACUCAGCUGCGUAUGGACAGGGAGAACGCAGAGACGCGUGUCAGAGAGAUGGAGGACCAGCUGGCUGAGUUUCAAGAUGAGAUAAGGAAAGAAAACGGCAGCAAGACGGACCUUGUUUCUUGUCAAGCAGAGCUGAUGGAGGUUUGCCAGCUGAAACAGAAGCUGGAGGAGACACUUAGACAAAGAGAACGGGAACUUACCGCUUUGAAAGGCGCUCUGAAGGAGGAGGUGGCAACACAUGACAAAGAGAUCGAAGCUCUCCGAGAGCAGUACAGCGCUGACAUGGAGAAGCUCCGCGGCAGCAUGGAACAGGUGUCUCAGUCUCACGCAGGAAUCGAGGCCGAAAGGCAGCGUGUGAAUGCAUCGGUUCGCUCCUUACAGCAGCAGCUGGAGGACUGUCGAGACGAGAGCAGCCACUGGAUGGAGCAGUUUCAUGCCACCAGAGAUGAGCUUCGUACAACUAAACAGAACUUUCUGCAGUUCCGUCUAGAGAAAGAGGAAUUUGAGGAUGAACUGAAGGACCUGAAGGAGAAAAUGAGCACAAUGAAACAGACGCCAGACCCCAGCCACACACAGUGUCUUAACCAGGAGCUCCAGCAAUGCAGUGCUAAUCUCCAGAAGACCAAGUCUGAACUGGAGAAGCAGAGGACAGAGUUUGACAAGAAGGUCAUGGAAGUGAUCUCUUUAAAAAAAUCUCACCAAAACCAGGAGGCUGAACUGAAGUAUGAAAUCGACAGGCUAAAAGACCAGUUGCAGAGGGCCAAAGAGGACUUUGCAAAGGCCCAAGAGAAAACUAAACGGCUCCCAGACCCAGCCUCCAUGUCAGAGCUGGAGCAGAAGCUUGGUGAAGCACAAAGUGAUGCCAGCAAACUCAAAGAGAAACUUUCUGUAGCUGAAGAGGAACUCGAGACCACUAAAACACGUCUGAGCAAAGCUCAGGUGGAGAUUAACUCCCUCCAAGAUGCCCAGAAAGAUCAGGAGGCAACCAACACUCGCCUCAAAGAGAAACUCUCCAGAUUAGAGGUUCAGAUGCAAAGCAACGCUACAGAGAGCUCAGAGGCAGAGCUGGCCCUCCACACUGAGGUGAGAGGUCUAAGAUCUGAACUAGAUGAGGCCAAGAGAAAAGCUUCCAGAUUGAGCCAAGAGCAACGUGAACUCAGCCUGCGCCUGGAGGAUUCAGAGAGGGACAAGGAGAUGCUCAAACAAACCAACAGCCAGCUGGAAGAGACGAAACGACAGCAGGAGAGAACGCUGGAGAAACUCAACAAAGAACAUGAGGCUCUCAGUGUGUCCUUAAGGGAGGAGGCGCAGGUUCUCAGGGUUCAGCUGGAGGAUCAGAGAGAACGAGCACGCAAAGAAAUGCAGGAGGUGCACCGUCACGGAAACGAUGCCCAGUCUGAACUGGAAAGAAGUCAAAUAAACCUACGGAGACUGGAGGAAGAAAUGUCACGGCAGAAGAAGGAGCUUCAGGUUGCAUGUGAGGAAAGAGACAACCACCAGCUGGAUAAAGAGCUUCUCACCAACAGGCUGCGCCACCUCGAGGGAGAAAUAGAGACCAGCAAAAACAGCCACAAUGAGAAAACACGUGAGAUUCGCAUCCUGGAGGACAAGCUGAAGCGUAUGGAGUUGGAGCUGGAGGAGGAAAAAAGCACUGUGGAGAUGCUGACAGACCGAGUAGCCAGGAGCAGAGACCAGAUCGAUCAGCUCCGCUCUGAGCUCAUGCAGGAGAGAUCUACAAAACAGGAUCUGGAGCUGGAUAAGAAUGCCAUGGAGAGACACCUGAAGGAGCUGAGGAGUCGCGUGGCUGAAAUGGAGGGCCAUUCUCGCUCCUCAGCAGGAGUCUCCCAGCUGGAAAACAAGAUCCAGGAGUUGGAAGAACGCCUGCGCACUGAGGAAAGGGAGAAGAACUCUGUUUUAGCAUCUCAACGUCGCUUGGAAAGGAAACUGAAAGAGCUGAAUAUGACACUGGAUGAGGAGAAACACACACACACUGAACAGAGAGAUCAGCUUGCUCUGAGAGUGAAAGCUCUUAAGAGACAGGUGGAUGAGGGAGAGACAGAGCUGGAAAGACUAGAGACGCUGAGGAGGAAAGCUCAGAGAGACAUGGAGGAACAGAUGGAGCUCAAAGAGGCCUUACAGGCCAGAGUCACAGCUCUGGAGACUGAACUCAAGCGGAAGACUCAAGCAGCUAUGCGCCCAGCUUUGGAUUCAUCAGCCCUCAGCUCAGAUGAUGAUGACAGUCUGUAUGACUCUUCCACAAUCACCUCCUUCCUCACUGAGAGCAACCUCCAGACCAGCUCCUGCUAAGGCAGCUCUUUGGGAGCAAGUUGAAAGUGGAAAUAAAAUGUAACACUGUCAAGUAAAAAGUGGAAGGAGGUGUAUGUUGACUGGGAGAAAGGCCAGAGGACAGAAUGGUAUGCACUGCAGACAAUGAGGGAGGUCCACAAGGACCUGGGAGGUAAAUGACAUAUUGUAGAGUUUAAAUGGGUUUUCCACAUGAGAAUGAACGGAAGGAAACAAAAUAUCCUAGACAUUUAAAGGUAUUUCCCUUAGUCCGGUUCAGUUACAUGCACAUGGUACAUUACCCAGCAUCAGGUACUAACCAAGGUACAUCAGUAAAAAAAAAAAAAAAAAAACUUCAAGCCCUUUUUUACUGGCCAAAAAUCCACUAACAUCAGCUAACAUCUGAUUUUGAGUACAAAGGCAGGGUGUUUGAUUACCAUUCAGUAAUCAGCAUUCACUGACUCUGAACUAAUAGUUUUUUUUCUGCUCCAACUUAGCAUGACAUUGAACCAAACACUCAAAUGAAAAUGCUGCAUUUGGUGCUAGGAUAGUUUUUUUUUCUUUUUCUUUUUUUUAAGGGACAGUGUACAUUAGCUGACAUCUCAAUUUGAAUUUAAAAUGCAAAUGUGCCAGAGUUAGCAAAUGAGCUAAUUAGUGGGCACAGCUCACAUUUUCUUUUACAGAAUGUUCUGUUUACCUACCAUACUGUCUUACAUAAAGGCUCUGAAACUGACAGCAACAUUUUCAUCAACUAAACACAAGAUGGACUUUUUUUUUUUUUUAUCCUGUCUGCAUGAAAGCUUGCAGCUUACUCUUUCAUUCCUACUGUGCCAGGUCCACAGUCCAGUCAAAAAUGAAACACCAGACUGUCUGAAAACUUCUCAGAAAACAGCCAGCACAUCCUGUAGGAUGUAGUGUAAUGCUAUUCCUUCAUGUUGUCAUGGUUACAGGGUUACAGCCUGUAGGUUGGUGGGAUUUUCUGAACUGGUUCUGAAUACUUUGUAGUCAUCUUUGUUGUUUUUACUGACUUUCAAAGAAACAAAUGCAGCUGGAAGCAUUAAAAACACAAGUAGUCUGUAGAACUUGCAUGUUUUUUUGGUACAAAUUCUAUGUCAGAUUAUGUAAUAUAUGAGACAUUUCUUCAGUAUAGCAAAGCUCAGCAUGACUCAACACUAAUUGCAUAUUCUAACAGGUACUUUUCUCUGCUACGGUUCCUAAUGCAAAUAUAUUUUUACCUCCUUCUUGACUGGGAUAUAAGCUGAUUGUUGUUGGGAAAAUGCAAGAAAUUGACAUGGCUUAAAGAAACAGGGCACUGUGGAAUCUUCUGGCAACUCUGUUCAAAAGUGGUGUCUUAGUUUUGGACUAAAAACGUGCAUUUCAGAACUUUACUGCAGCUACAGAGACAUUAUUAAAAUUGUUCUCUUUGACUAAGUUGUUUGAAAUAACAUUUUAUUGGUAAUUUUUGGUUCAGUUUGACUAAGUUGUUUGAAAUAACAUUUUAUUGGUAAUUUUUGGUUCAGUUGGCUUAGAAGCCCAAACAAUUUGGUACCAAAACAAUUACAUACAAGGUACUGUCUGCAAUGGAAAAUUCCAAAGAGCAAGUCAAGCAGAGUCAAGUGUAGCUGAACCAUGUUGUGGUUAGUGUCACCAAGUUUUGAUUUUAUUGAAUCAACAGUAACACUCCCCUUAUUUCCUAGUGUACAAAGUUGUACUUAUGCCUCUAAGUACAACAGCGAUUAUAUGACUGAAUUCUCUUCCUCGAAGUGUAUUAAAAAACAACAAUAAAAUAACUUCAGCCAAAUAUUCACAUAAAGUGCAUUAAAAGCAAGCGACAGAACACUGCCAGAUUGUAAACAUUGUUCUUUACAAUGAUGUCCGGAUUGCAUUCACUGAAAAUAAUGACAUUUUCUUUGUGUAUUUGGUAAGUUCUGAAAUAUAUCAUGUGCCUGACAGAUGUUUGGGACAAGAGUUUUUUCCCCUGUCCAGUCUGAAAUGUCACAUUCCAGAUUAAAUAACAUACAGCAAACUAAAACAAGAAAUGCACCAAAAUGGAGUCUCUUGUAUAGAGACAUUUGUACUGUUUCCAAACUUAAAUAUUGCAAAUGUGUUACAAAGUCUUCUUGGUAUUCAGGUUUAGAUUAGAAAUGAUUGUUGAGUCUGUACUUGAGGCAAAUAGCUGGUUAAGAUAUAACAGGCUCAGUGGUUUGAAACUGAAAACAGUGAGUUUUCAUCUCACAAAAUGACUGAUAUGAGUAUAAAGAAAAUUAAUAUCAAACACUAAUAAUUUGGUUUCACUUGUUAUGUAAUUAAAGGUCCACAUACUUUCUGUCCGAUAGAUACUUGAGUGUAUUUGUAGAAGCUGCACAAUUUCUAUGCAUUCCUUUAUGUUAUGUCUGAGAAACAUGAAUAUACUGAUUUAUCACAAAGCCUUAUUUUUUUUCUAAAAUGAUCUGUGAUCAAGUUACUCUUCUGAGUAUUUUUGUAAAGAAUAUUUAACAUUUGUAGAUUUGCUUGAGCUUCUUUUUGAUCACUCUUGGAACAAUCGGUUAAAGUAAAGAUUUCUUUUAUCUGCAGUUUAAAGUUCAGUGAAGCUGUAAAGUGGUACUGAACAUGAUUUGUUAGAUGUGACAGCAGGAAAAGAUUCUAGUAUGUACUGUAAUUGUUGACUGAAAACAUGUUUUUGUCAUGUAUUAAUUUAGCAAUAAAAAUAUAUAUUAAGUUAA